GAAGUGACGAGUGAAGUGUUGUCGUUGGUGGUGAGAGCGGUUAAUUCGUGUUGUGGAGCAAUUGAAGUUUAUGGUGGCCGAAUAAAAACUGCGGUCGAGGGAUGUUUUGCCCGUUUUGUGGCAAACACAUGAGUACUCUAACGCGGUUUUGUUUUACGUGCGGUCGAUGUUUAGAGUUUUUAAAGGAUGCAGACCAGACGGAAUCACCUGGGACGUCUCGACCGCCGGACCGUGCCAAGCAAGCAGAACAACCAUGCCCAUCAUACAAACGUUUCAUGGAGUACAGAAACCUAAAGUCAAAUGAACGGCAAUCUUGUAACUAUGGGCCAAAAGGAAGAUACAAGCCUAAAGAAAGAAAACAAGUCCAGAUAAAUGUAGGAGUGAUGGUGCCACAUGGAAGUGAUUUAAAACCUCUAAGGGGGAAAACACUUCCCUUAUUUACAGACCCCGACGUAGCAGCACCUGAUCUGCUAAAACAUGCUGUAGACAAAAUAAGAACAUUUAACAAGGACAUGCCAGAAGGACUUUACGUACUUUUGUAUCCAGACUGCUCAGAGGUGGACUAUGUGCCUGGAUCAGACAGGCCAUUCAAAUUGUCAGAAUAUAAAAAGGAAAUUGGAAAGGCAUAUGCCAGGAUCACUUUUUUCAUUUGUCUAGAAAAACACUAUAAAAGAGUGGAUGAUACCUCAGACUCGGACUCCGACUCUGAAAUUGUCAUCACAACAAGGAGCACAGCUGAAUUUAAUCAAGCUGACACUUUGGUUUUUGAACCACAAAAUCAAAGUACUCCCAAACUCGAAGAUGAAAGGUAGGAACUUUUAG